UAACUGUAUUUUUGGUUGAUGUUCUUGCAUCUAUUUUAGAUCAGCAAAAAACCACAAGUAAGAUGGUCAACAAAGAAUAUUGAAAGUUUCUAGCACAGGUACUUACCCUCUAAUCCAAACUGGUGUCACCUUCUUCACAGUAUCAGUAACUAAUUUAACCUGAUACAGUACGUGUAGUAGCUGUCAGGCUGUUUAUGCAAAGAAAUUCUAUUGAAGGCAAGAAAAUCAUACAAGAACAAAUGCUUCCUAAACUUGUUUUAUAGAGACAACUGAUAUUCAUUUAUAUGUUAUGCACUUCUUUCCUUUUUUAAUUAAUGUUCUAGUAUAAACAGAAGUUGAAGGAUUGUAAUAAAUUUACUAAUGUGAUAUAGAAGGCAAUCUCUAAGUUGCUGUUUAUCUUGUCUAUAUGUUUUUAAAACACAUGCCUUUAUAACACAACUUAAAUGGUGUAUUUUAUCAGUUUUAAAUGUUAUUUUGCUUAUUCUGUGUUUUGUAUAUGGGCAUAAUUUUUUUUUUAAGUUUCCAAUUUAAAAUGUAGUAUUUGUGCUGCCUUUAGAGUUUGCUGUUAUCUCUUUGCUAGCUUUUUUCCUUUGUUCUUUUGAUAUAUCAAGAUAAUAAGCUCUAAAAAUUUUCAUGGUACUCUUCUGAUUAUGUCUUCAUAGUGGUAAAAUCUGUAUUUUUGUAUGUAGGGAAAAUAGUUUUCUGAACACUAAUUUCUGAUCAGUAUAGUAUGGAAUCAUUUGUGAAGGAUUUCUCGUUUAAUAAAUGGACAUGUUAAAGUGCUUAAAACAUUUUGUCAUCUGAAAAUAUAAUGUAUAAGUUCAGUACUAGGUGUCAUGGCUGGUUAUUUAUCAUCUUUGCUGCUGAUUGUCUGAAAUUGCCAUCCACUACUGCAGCAGGUGUAAACUGGUUUAUUAGUUCGAUGCUUAAAGAAAAUUGUUGUGAUUGAAUUGGUGAGGAUGAUAAAGCACCAGGAAAGAGAUUCUUUGUGGAUAAGAGAGUUCUUACAAAACCAAACACAUAAGUAGUCCCUGAUAAAUUCCAUGUAGCAGAAAGCUCAAACAGCCUAGUUGCCAUGGUGUAUGUUUGUGACAGGAUCUCUUUUGAGGGAUUUUUUUGACCUGUUUAAUGAAAUGCUAUUAUUUACUGUUGUUUGCAGUGUUGUACUCUGAAUUGUAAAUAAGCCUGAGACUGAAAUCUUGGAGGAAAUGGAUACACUCUGAGGUGGUAGAAAGUUAAGUAGCAUGAGAUAUUAUCCUGGGAAGUGGGAAGAUGGAUUUCUUUAUUGCUUAGAUGCUGAAGGCAUUGAGUCUCUGAAGGCAAGAAGCUAGCGGGAGGACAUCUCUCAGGGGAUCUGCUCAUUGAAUGAAUGUUGUGGAAAAACUUUGGGAUGCUUGGAAGGCACUUUAUAAGCUUUUAUUUCCAUACCAUUACAAAUGAUUGUGGUGCUUCAAAGUCCUGCCCAGGAGUUAGUCUCAGACAAACACAAUACAAAGGACAACAGUUCAAGCGAAAGAAGUUAUGGAGAUACCAUCAGCAAGGUCACUGUGAAAAGGAAGCCUUCACAAAAGAUGAAAUUAUGAAAGCCCUGCCACUUGAGACACCAACUAGAUGGCCAAAGAACAAGAGCACAUACCAUACAGGCUGGGUCAUGCACUGGAUUAUCUAUUCUACUUAUGGGCAACUCAGAUGUUGUCAUAAGACACAAAUCCUCCAGGAAAUUGAAUUCCUUUGAGGUCAAAUGGUGGUCAGCAAUCUGAAUUCUGAGGUGUCUGAUACAGAUGGGUCCAGACUUCCUUUACAGAGCCAAAUGUUGAACCCAACAAAGAUAAACACCUCAUUAAUGAAGGAGAGAAAAAGACAGUUGUUUUGACGGAACCUGUGCCUAAGUGGAGGAAUGUACGUGGUCACAAUCUUCUGGGCUUAAUGUAUCAAGAUUCAUCACGGUGGGGGAUAACGUUGCAGACAUACAUACAGCUUACCAUGUUGGAUCAGCAUACCAGGCCAAUGAUUUCCCCGCUAAGAAUGAUGGAGAGGUCAAUUCACAGUGCAAAACACAUUUUUGUAGAAAACUUAUAUCGAAGUGGGAGAAUGCCAGAAGUGGAUUACAUAGUGCUAACUGAAUGGUUUGAAUGGAUCACAAAGAACGCUGAUGUUUCAGUUGAUUUGAUAGUUUAUCUACAGACGUCUCCUGAAACUUGUUAUGAGAGAUUAAAGAAUAGAUGCAGAGAAGAGGAAAAGAUAAUUGCUAUGGAAUAUUUAGAAGCUAUCCAUCAGCUCUAUGAGGAGUGGCUUAUUAAACAAACACUGUUUAAAGUUCCUUCUCCAGUGCUUGUGAUUCAGGCUGACAAUGACAUGCAGAAAAUGAUAGAAAAGUAUGAAGAAAAUCGGGACCGAAUAUUAACCCCGUACAAUAUACAACACUGUCUGUAGAAAUGCAGUUUUAUGGUCAUGCUUUAAAAAACAUUUCCAUCGGGAAUUCUGAUCAACAUUCCCAACACUUUUUAUGAUUUGGUCUCUUGGUUGAGAUUUUGUCUUGUAACGUGUCAAUGACUUUAGCUAUGAAAAGGCCACAAACAGGCCAUAUCCUGUUUACCUUCAGCUUCUUGCACUUUUAAGUUCCAGUGCAGCUUCACUGAUCUCAGACUACCUCUUGACAGGAAGCUGCUGUAUCUCGUUUCCCUACUUCACUUCUGCAUUGUAUAAAUACCUUUCUGAUAUUG